GAGAAAGAGCCUUAGUCGAUAUGCACUGUGUAUCGUUCUGUAUCGGGGCUUAAGACCUACUACACUGGCACUCGCUUGCGCGCACACACACACACACAGCCAGUCCGUGUCCAUCUGUCGAUAACGUCGCCCACAUCUCUUUUCGUUCUCGACGGCCAUCAGUUGGAUUAUCCUUUUAUUUUGGUGCUAGAAUCCAAUUAGUAUUUUUGACCCGUCUCUUUUGUCUAUUUUGAUUGUGGCAUCAUGUUUGACCAUUAUCGGCCCGCUGUCAACAAUUGCGUAUAGCCUGAGCACGCUACGUUCAAACUUUGGUUCGGUAUAACUGCUGAUCGGUAUAGGAGGCGGGGGGCCCUUAUCAUUGUUCAAGAUGGGCGACCAGCCGAUUCCUGGCCAAGACGAAGACAUUUUUCUAGAGAACGGACGAUUGAGUUACGAGAAUCCCAACUAUCAACUUCACUUGAACGCUGUUCGCCUGGAAGACGCACUCAACUCGAAUACUGAACAUUACAAUCUGAACUCGGCUUUGCUCAGCUACAGCAUGGACGUCAUCUCACCGCAACUUUCAAACAUGGAUCUCGGUAUGGAACUCGAAUUGGCCCGCACUGGUUCUAGCACCAGUUUGAGCGGCGGAAAUGCCACCCGUCAAAGACGACACUACGCUUCACUUGAUCCCAUGUCCAUGGGCGUUGACGUCCAAGUGGGUCCGGUGAUGAAUCUUGGCAGUCCAGAUUUUGACAACAAUAGGGGCGUGUUGGACAAUUACGGCACGUCUGUCGAUAUUGAACAGCGCAAGUCUGCAAUGGAAAGACAAGGCACUGAUAGCAGCAGCGUUGACACGGGCUCUCCGUCCGCGUCGGAGAGUAGCUGCCCUACAGCCACUGGCUGCGAUAGUGAACCAGAAAGAAAUGAAGAUCAACUGCCGCCCGGCUGGGAAAAGCACGAAGAUGACGAUGGGCCCUAUUAUUGGCACAUCAAAAGCGGAACUAUUCAACGUGAACCUCCUGAGAACAAAGAUUCAUCUAGCCAACCGGCAAUGAAUUUUCAACGUCAAAUCGUGCGCGAAGCUGAGGCUAUAAGUGCAAGCUUCACUCCAGUGGUUCCCAGAAGCACAACCAGCUUCACGCUCUCUGAUUUGGAUAGCAUCCGAUCCAAAGAGGAUAUGGCCUUCAAUCUUAAUCUUCACGAUAGAAGGCGAAGUUUUCCCGUAUCGCUCGGUUCCAGUGUUUCUACAGAAUCGCGGAAUUCUGCGCCAAAAUCGCCAGCGAUCCGAUUUUCUGUCCGCUCCUUGGGUUGGGUUGAAAUAGCUGAAGAAGAUCUCACCCCCGAGCGUAGUUCGAAAGCCGUCAACCGUUGCAUCGUCGACUUGAGCUUGGGCCGUCAUGACUUGCUAGAUGUGGUCGGUCGUUGGGGAGAUGGCAAGGAUUUAUUCAUGGAUCUCGAUGAAGGUUCGCUAAAGCUGAUUGAUACGGAGAACUUUGCCGUUUUGAAUAGUCAGCCCAUACACACUAUCCGCGUCUGGGGCGUCGGUCGUGACAACGGACGGGAAAGGGAUUUCGCUUAUGUCGCUCGUGACCGUGUAACACGGAAGCACAUGUGCCAUGUAUUCCGCUGCGACACACCGGCUCGCACCAUUGCCAAUACACUCAGGGACAUCUGCAAAAAGAUUAUGAUCGAGCGUAAUCUGCAGCACGGCUUCGGCAAACCUGCUGAAAAUGGCGCUAACGUGGUUGCUAACACACUAGGAUGUAGCCCUCUUCCUGCAUCUCGUAGCCGUCCCAGCAACUUGCCAUCAGAACAACGGCGCCAUACCAGCAAAAUCGGACAGAUAUUGUUGUCGAGCCAGAGUUUCCCUACACCAAUGGAAGAACCGCGUAAGGUGCUAAAAGCGCAGUACAUUGGCAGCCUUCAAGUGCGUCGUCCCAGCGGUAUGGAUACGCUGAACGACGCCAUCGAUCAAAUGGCAAGCCAAGUACCAGCUGACCAAUGGCGAGACGUCAAUGUGGCCGUUGCACCUUCAGUAGUUACCAUCACCGAUGCAGAGGACGAUGAGAAGAUUAUCGUGGAAUCACGUGUACGAUUUCUAUCCUUCUUGGGCAUUGGUCGUCAAGUAGAGAAUUGUGGUUUCAUCGUUCAUACAGCCAACGAUGUUUACAUCGCUCACGUUCUUUGCUGCUAUCCUUCAUCCGGUGCCAUCUGUAAAACAAUAGAAGCCGCUUGCAAGUUGCGUUAUCAGAAAUGCCUGGAUGCUCACGGUGCCCUUAGGGGACGGAUCACCAACUCGUCUUCGACAGCCCAGACGCCGACGGGUCGCAGCUUGGAAUCAUUGAGUGCUACUCUCAAGUCUGUCUUCGGUUCCAUUAGUCUUGGAUCGAAAAAGACGAACAAAACUACCGGCGAAUCUGAAUAAUAACGGUGCGAUAUGAACAAAAAAACCAGAUAGGACUCGUCUUUCGAGGAUGGUCAAGAGGGAUGUUCUAAUAAAAGUAUAAGAGAAAUGGAUUACAUUUGCCCUAUUCAAAGAAAACAAGAUAUAUCCGCCCCAUGCACUUAGUGUAUUUACGCUCCUCUUUCGUCUCACAAUCCCAAGCAUCGUUUAUUCGUCCAAUCUUCUUCGCUUUCGUAGAGGUAACUCUCAACUUGUAUUCUUUGUUUACCAGGUCAAAAGUUUUGAAGCUACCAGAACACGGUUUCUGUACAUGAAGAGUGCUUACAAAUCUAUUUGAUUUUGUGUUCCGCCUGACGCCGAACCUCUUUUUCAGGUUGGACUGUUUUCUCUCGUUUUUUUAAUUAUCUGCUGAUUUCUUGUCCCAGUUCAGUUUUUUUAUUGGCAUUUCUCCAUUGCUGGAUGUCAUACCUUAAAAAAAAUUUAUUUAGUGCCAUCGCCGGUGCGAAUUUAUGCCCCUCUUUUUCUAGCAUCUCAACGUCAUGUUUGAUGAACCCAUCUAGUUUUGUUGACUAUUUUUGCCCGCACCAACUCUGUAAUCUCUAUACAUACAAUGUGCGACGCCUCAAGAUAUCAUCGUUAAUCCACGAGUGUUUCCAAGAGCUAGACGGUUCGAUGAGUUAUGUUACUCGGUUCACACACAUUACACAUAAACAUAAUAUCUUUUACUUGGUAUUAUAACAAAGCGACCGUUACUGAUGUCACAUUAACAAUAAACAUUUGACGUUAAAAUUGA